AUGAAUCUGCCGUUAUCCAAAUGGAGAUCAACUCCACCUUUUUUUAACCUGGGAAAGCUUUCUGGAAAUUUCCAUCGACGGCUUGGACAGGAGCUGAUCAACGUCGCCAAGAAAGUGAAGACACCGUCCCUGGCGUGGGCCCCGGGAUGCCCUGGGACGUCCACCGUCAGUGCCGUUUUCCUGAAGGGCGAGCUGGGGCAGAUCCAGGAAAGGGCCAAGGAUGUGCAGAGCAUGUUGGAGCACACCACUUUGGAGAAGGUCACCUCCUUCACUCAGAUUUUCUGGGAUCCAGACCCAGAGCACACUUUGGUGGAAGAGGACAAGGAAUGGGUCAGCCUGUACUAUGAGCUCCCCGACGAGGAUGAGAAUCCUGAAAGAUGUGGACCCUGGCCCCUUGCCCUGCUGCUGGGGAUGUGGACCAUGGGGUUUUUCGACUGA